CAGGAAGCUUCCACUAGUGGAGAGGGAAGAGAGGUUUGGUUGGUGGUGUUGCCUGGUCUCCGCGCUCCACAACCCACAGCUCCAACCCGUAGACUGGCCAGAGAGAGGGGGCAGCAAGACAGAGAGCUCUCUGCUUGCGGGCUUGCAGUGGCUGGGGAGCGGGGCGUGUGUCGGAGCCGACCCCACUCACCCCUGCGACUGCGGUGGAGAGUGCUGGGACUCAGUGGAAUUGGCUGCGUUGUUCCUUCCGCCUACAACCAGUCUCUCUCUCUCUCUCCCUCUCUCUCUUUCUUAUUCUCUCUCUCUCUCUUUCUCUCUCUCCCCCUCUCUCUUACCUCCUCUCCCUAGCCCUCUCCCUCUCCCUGACGUUUUUUAACUCCUGAAUUUUUCUUGCCUCUCUGGCGUCAGCCAUGUCGCUGAAAGUACAGACCAGCAACAUCACCAACAAGAACGACCCACGCUCCAUCAACUCCCGCGUCUUCAUCGGGAACCUCAAUACGGCGGUAGUGAAGAAAUCUGACGUGGAGACCAUCUUCGGGCAGUUCGGCAAGGUGGUGGGCUGUUCGGUACACAAGGGCUACGCCUUCGUGCAGUACACAAACGAGAGGACGGCUCGUGUCGCUGUGGCCGCAGAGAACCGGCGGGUCCUGGCCGGACAGACCCUCGAUAUUAACAUGGCCGGGGAGCCCAGGCCCAACAGACCCAAGGGACUGAAGCGACCCAGUUCCACUUUGUACAGCCCCAGCUUCGACUUUGCUUACGAUUACUUCAGGGAUGAUUUCUACGAAAGGAUGCAAGAAUAUUCGAGUCGACCCUCGCUGGUCCCCAGGGCCGUCCCGGUGAAGCGGCCUCGUGUGAUUGUCCCCGUGCUCCGUCGAGGGAAGUCCAACCUCCCGCUGAAGCUGAUGACCCGUUCCAGCACAAUGGCAAAGAACGCUAACAAGUUAAAACUGAAAUCCAAUGAGCUACAGCGGAUUAAAGUCGAGCUGACACAGAUCAAGUCCAACAUUGACUCGUUACUGGUGAGACUGGAGGAGAUCGCGAAGGAGAAAGUCAGUCACACAGAGUCGAGGAUGAAGGCAGAUGAAGGACAGACUGAGGCGUCUCACGGAGAUUCUACUUCAGAAACUGCAGAGACGGUCACGGAGGAGGCAUUUGAGGUGGAGGAGGUGGACACUGUCGAUCUGGAGCAGGACGAGGCAGCGGAAGAGGAUGAUUGCGAGGAGGAGAUGGAGGCUCGUCACAGAGCAAUGGCAGAGGCAACGUUAGAAUAGAAGACUGAAAGCCAGUGGUUCCCAGCAGGCAACAAGUAACGGGGGGAGCGAUCGAAACGGACUGAGCCUCGUGUCGCUUAAUUAACCAAGAAGCCACCAAAGGACAUCAGUGUUUCACCUCAGCUAGACCAGGAGGAUGGGGACAUCUGAAAACAUUUGGGCAUUCCCACAUCACUGGGCAGAUGAUUAAAGCAAAACCUGUUUGUGCCUCAGGAUUGGCUGCAAGAAAUACCGUGCACAAAGAUCAAACUGAUGGCCAAUCAAUCGCCUGUAAUGCUCUGGGAUAAUCAGUAGAUGUCAGAUUACUCAUUCAUAAGUUGUAUUCUCUUGGCAUGUACAGUACUGUUGUCAAUCUGCAUCAUUCUCGAGAAUAUUACCAAUCUGGAUUACUUUUUCGAUGAGGGAGAAUAAACCACCUCUUUCAAAUUUU